AUGAAUGAGACCCGUGACAACAGCAGCAUCAGCAGUAUUAGUGCUACUGUGGAACUGUUCCAGCUCAUCAUGUACACCCCCAUAUUCACUCUGGGACUGCUGUUCAAUGUGAUGGCUCUGUCAUUUCUGUUUUUUAAGGUUAAAAAGUUGUCAGAGUCUACAGUCUACAUGGUAGCCCUUAUUUUCCUGGAUACUUUGCUGCUGUUUACUCUUCCUUUUAAAAUCAUUUCCUACCACCUUCAGAACCAGUGGAACUUGGGGUCUGUGUUUUGCUCCACCUUGGAGAGUCUUUACUUUGUAAACAUGUAUGGCAGCAUCCUCAUCUCCCUAUGCAUCUGUGUAGACCGAUACAUUGCCAUCCGGCACCCUUUCACAGCUCCCACCCUGCGAUCCAUCAAGAAAGCUGCUAUAGUCUGUGCUAUCAUCUGCCUGGGCACCUCAGCCGGGACAGCCUCUACUUUCCAACUGCAUGGAAAGGGCCACAACAUCUCAUCCUGCUUCCAUAACUUCUCCAAGAGCACAUGGGAAAAUGCAGGCCUGUUCAGCGCCUUGGAGGUCACCUUCUUCAGCAGCAUGGCAACCAUGACCUUCUGCACUGCUCAGACCAUCAGGUGCCUGAGAAAGCACAGAAAACCGGAUAACCCCCAAACACACACCACAAGGGCAGAGACGAUAGUGGUGACAAACCUUGCGGCAUUUCUGGUCUGCUUCACACCUUAUCACGUGGCAUACUUCCUGUACUUCUUGGUGAAGAAUAACAUCAUUCACACCAGGUUUCAGCAGGUGCUACGAGACAUCCUUCAGGUCACCCUUUGCUGGGCAAACCUGAAUUGCUGUCUUGAUGGGGCAUGUUAUUAUUUUGUUUUAAAGGAGUCAAUGGAAGACCCAUUGCAAAACACUGUAUGA